GUUUUUCCUUUUCCAUGGGACCAGCCCCAGGAUAUAAACCUGAAGGAGAGGUGAUGUAUGGUAGGAGUUUGCUCACUGCGGUGAUGUCACCUCCUUGGGGAACUUGUUCCUCUACAAAUCCCAAUCCAGACUGGAGCUGAGCUCUCCCCUGGUCACCCCAAGGGAAUCCGCCCACAGGACCAACAGGUAGCAGAGGGUGGGAAAACAUAUAAAGCUCCCCGGGAGCUGCUCUUCUUUACUGUCCUCGCUGCACGGAUCUGCUCUCAGCAUGAAGACACUGCUGUUUGGACUCCUGCUUGGCCUGGCAUACAUGGAGUUGGCCCAGGCCUUACGAUGUUACACGUGCAAGGAACCAACGGACAUUGCUAAGUGCAAAACAGUCACCCUCUGCCCCCCGAAAUCCAUCGUAUGCACAACAACGUUGCACUCUGUAGACUCAGGUUACCCCUUUUUCGGCAACAUCACCGUGACCAGAAACUGUGAGGAGGAAUGUGUCUCCUACAACGGGAUAGGGGCAAACAAACCCAAGUCGUGCUGCUACACCGACCUCUGCACCGACGACAACAGGAGCAGCAAUGGGGUGGGACGCAGCUCUGCAGCACUGGCGCUGAUGGCCAUGGCUGUUGGCACAGUCCUCCAGUGCACUCUGUAAUGCCACAAGUACUCAUGCUCCAGCCAAA